AUGGCCAUUCAAACACAUUUCACUCUCAACACCGGUGCCAAGAUCCCCGCCGUGGGUUUCGGUACCUGGCAGGCCCAGCCUCUGGAGGUCGAGAAUGCUGUUGAAGUCGCCCUUAAUGAAGGUUAUCAUCACAUCGACUGCGCUGCCAUUUACCGCAACGAGACCGAGGUUGGCGCCGGGAUCAAGAAGUCGGGUGUACCACGCGAAGAGAUCUUCAUUACCGGAAAACUUUGGAACACCAAACAUGCUCCCGAGGAUGUUCUACCAGCUCUGAACAAGACCCUGGCUGAUCUCGGGACCGAUUAUCUUGACCUUUACCUCAUGCAUUGGCCCGUUGCGUUCAAGGGUGGCGACAAAUGGUUCCCUCUUAACGAGGACGGUGUUUUCGAACUGGUUGAUAAUGACUAUGUGGCCACCUACAAGGAAAUGGAGAAGCUGCUGGCGACUGGCAAGGUCAAGGCUAUUGGUGUAUCGAACUUCAACAUUCGCCGCCUAGAGGAACUCCUGAGCCAGGUCUCGAUCGUCCCCGCCGCCAACCAGAUUGAGGCCCACCCCUACCUGCAGCAGCCGGAGCUGCUCGAGUUCUGCCAGCGCAAAGGCAUCAUCGUCGAGGCCUAUUCUCCCCUGGGUAAUAACCAGACCGGCGAGCCCCGUACUGUGGACGACCCGCUGGUGGCCGAGGUCGCACAGCAGGUCAACAUGGACCCUGGCCCUCUUCUGGCCAGCUGGGGUGUGCAGCGCGGUACUGUCGUUCUAUCUAAGAGCGUCACUCCCUCUCGCAUCGCAGCCAAUCUUCAGGUUAAGUCUCUGCCUGAUGAUGCAUAUGCCAAGCUCACCGGUCUGGAGCGCCACAAACGCUUCAACUUCCCUGCCAACUGGGGCUACGAUAUAUUUGAGGAGGUCGGUGAGGAGGCUGUCCGUAAGGCAGCAUUGGCAGCCGGCCCUACAAACAAGAUCAAGUUCACUGUUUGA